AUGACUUUAGAGUUAGCCACAAUUGUGUACUCAGCUCGAAUACAACCGAAUGAUACGGUUAACGAGGUGUCUCUAAUUCUGGCUAAUCAGCAUGAUGAAUACAAAGCCUUUCAGAAGAAGGCUAUGAAGUAUCGUCUGAACUUCACGGGAUGUUACAUGAAGGAUCAAGACCUUGGAGUAACUACCUCACAGAGGUGUAGACCACAGUGGUAUUCUGUGUCCUGUCUUCCCCAAUCUCUGAAUCAUGAAACGGUUUUGGAACUGGACCGGCCAAAGCCCACGUGCCCCUGCGUCCCGGUGUCCAGCGCCUAUGUCCCCCCCACUGACGCCACCAGGCCCAAGAGAAAGGCUGAAGGGGAUGCUAAAGGAGAUACAGCCAAGGGGAAGGAUGAGCCCCAGAGAAGAUCUGCAAGGUUAUCUGCUAAACCUGCUCCUCCGAAGCCAGAGCCCAAACCUAAAAAGGCCCCUGCAAAGAAGGGAGAGAAGGUACCCAAAGGGAAAAAGGGGAAAGCUGAUGCUGGCAAGGAUGGGAAUAACCCAGCAGAAAAUGGAGAUGCCAAAACAGACCAGGCACAGAAAGCUGAAGGUGCCGGAGACGCCAAGUGAAGUGUGUGCAUUUUUGAUAACUCUGUACUUCUGGUGACUGUACAGUUUGAAAUACCAUUUUUUAUCAAGUUUUAUAAAAAUGCAGAAUUUUGUUCUA